CGUUUGUAACGGUUGUAUCGUAUUUGGCAGAUAAGUCGUAAGAAUAUAUUAUUUUCUGUUAAGUUCCAUCAAGUGAUAUUGUUUCUUUAUUCUACAUAAUCUAAGACAUUGCGAUGCAAUCUAUAAAGCGAUUGCCAUGGAUACUACAGAGGACUGACCAAAAUAUAAUAUUUUCUCUUAAAGCGCUUCUAUCAACAACUACCAGUCCCAAAAAUGUAGAGUUAAAAAAAUGGAAGGACAUUCCAGGGCCUUCAUCACUGCCAGUUAUUGGACAAAUUCUGCAUUUCAUUCCUGGAGAUCGUUUUGUCCCAGGUGACUUGUAUAAACCUACAGAAAUGACAAUGAAUGACGUACUCUAUAAUAAAUACGGGCCUAUUGUAAGGAUUGGUGGAUUUUUCGGCUUACCAAGAAUGGUAUAUAUAUACGACGCAGACAUGGUGGAAUACAUUCUAAGAAGUGAGGAUCAACUUCCUAAUCGUCCUGUAUUUCAGUCAAUUGAAUAUUAUAGAAAACAUUACAAGAAAAAUAAACACCGCUCCACAACAGGAACUGGACUGGUUACGGAUCAAGGCGAACUAUGGAAAGCAACAAGAUCAACAGUCAAUCCAAUUAUGAUGAAUCCUAAGACUAUUAAACUUUAUUCUAAUACUUUUGAUGAAGUGACAGAGGAUUUUAUUACAAGAUUAAGAUCGAUUCGAAGAACGGACAAUAUGUUUGAUAAUUUUAGAUUUGAAAUAAACUUAUGGGCGCUGGAGUCUGUUUCCGCAGUAAUCCUAGGAACACGACUCAAUUGCUUCAAUACUGAUAUACCAGAUGAUUCACCAAUCAAGAGGCUCGUCAAAUCUGUGCACGAUGUUUUCUAUAUGUCAGAGGAGUUAGAUUUGAAACCAGGGCUGUGGAGAUUCAUUUCAACACCAAUGUUCAAAAAGGCAAUGAAUAUUUAUGAAGAACAAUCUAACUUAAUUAGGUACUUCAUGAAAAACAGCAUUGAAAACCUUAAGACGCAACCACCCAAAGCAAAUGAAGAAAAGGGAGUGUUAGAGAAAUUACUUGAAAUUGAUGAAAACGUUGCAAUCAAUAUAGGGAGAGAUUCUUUAUUUGCUGGUAUUGAUACGACGGCGAAUGUCUUGAUCUCAGCGCUUCAUUUUCUGGCCACGAAUCAAGAUAAACAAAAUAAACUAAGAGAAGAGUUAAAAUCUAGCGAAGAUAACAACCUAUAUUUAAAGGCAUGCAUCAAAGAAAGUUUAAGACUGUUGCCAGCUGUCGCAGCUAAUAUAAGAAAAGCAUCCAGAGAUUAUAAUAUAAUGGGGUAUAAAUUACCAAAAGACAUGAUUAUGGUGGUUAAUCAUCAAACUCUAUGUCAUUUAGAGGAAAAUUACCCGAAGGCCAAAGAAUUCAUACCAGAAAGGUGGAUAGUUGGUAAAAGUGAUCCUCUCCAUUAUGGAAAUGCACAUAAGUUUGCAUACAGUCCUUUUGGAUUCGGCACAAGGAGUUGUGUUGGAAGGCGUAUAGCACAAGUGGAAAUGGAAGUAUUUCUUUCGAAAAUAAUUCAAAACUUUCACAUUGAAUGGAAUGGAUCUCCGCCGAUACUUAAGACUAGUGUUGUGAAUUAUUUCCCAGGAAAUUUAAAUUUUGUUCUGAGGGAUAUUGCUGAAAAAUAAGCUUGUAACCGCUAUAAUAUUAUACUCGUAAAUUUUUCUGUUUAACAUCAUGCUAUCUAUAUAAAAAAAUACCUACUGGUGUGCU